AUGGCUGUUCGUCGUCCAAAGCCACACCAUCGUGAACCCUCCAAGGUGAUCUCCCGCACGCAGGAAGAAUGCCCUUCAAUUCCGCCGCCCAUCACUAUUGUCUGUGAGCCUUGGAUGAACACGGCAUUGCGACGUCCUCGUCAGACAAGAAAACUCAAUCUAUAUCUCCCUGCCCCGCCUCCUGUCUCACAGAAAAGGGCCAACCAGUGGCGCAGAUGGUCACAAGAUGUCAUUCCGUCCCUACUUGUACUGUAUUUAUCCUAUAUCCAACAAACUUCAGUGUUACAUUAUACCAACGCACCGGGAGAAGCUCAGAAAGAUCUUGCAGUUUGUCAAGCUGGGUGUAGGACUCGGUGGAUUACAGUUGCAUGUGUGCAUUUCGAUGCAUUGAAAGAAAUUAACAUCAUCACAUGCCCGUGUUUCCCUGUAUCCCUCCAACUCCUUCGUCGCGGUCUGUUUCCAUGCGCUCCUCUCGCUCCCCUCACUCACGAGUUCGUCCGUCUUCUCUUCGUACGCCAGGCUCCCAACCAAACUGCAUGGUGCGAUGUGGUGGAAACCUUUCGAGAUGGAAUGGGGGGUCAGGCACGUAUCCCACUCAUCGAUCAGCCAUCUGAAUACCUUCGUUCUCAUUGCCUGCUUUGUUUCGGAGGAAAUGCUUGCCAUGGAGCAGAUGCUCGUUCUAUCCCAGACGUUGUUGUUUGCAUAGAUGCCUGCUUUACUCAAAAGCGAUCGACUAAUCCUCGCAAUACUAGCAGUAUCGACCCUCCUAAUCUGACUCCAACAUUCUUUCUGUCAAACAACGAUGUCAAAGCAAUGGAGGAUUUUGUAAAAAGUUGUUGUGGAGAAAGACGUCAAAUGCGAGCCUCGAGAGCGGAAGAGGAGGAGGAUCGCUAUGAAGAAGGGAUGCGUGUGCCAGUGUCUGUGUUGAAUGGAUGUGGAGAAUCCUUCAUUGCUGCAGAUGAAAAGCAUGAAAAGGCAAGCCUGAUGGCCCUUCUAUGCAGACAUGACCGUGUCCUCUGGCUUGUCAACCUCACAUCAGCAGGGGAAAAGCAACACUACGCACUCGCUCUCCUGGACCAGUUGUUCAAGCACAUACCCCCUCAGAUGACUGUAGGACUUCUCUAUGACAUCGGAUGUCAACUCGAACGAAGCUGCCGAAAAUGGAAUCUUCUUGAUGACAAUACCCUAUCGCGCAUAUCCUUCGCUGUUGCGAUCAUCUACCAUCCGAGGAAGCGCGAGGGUUUUGGAUUGUCUGAUGGUGAGGGAUGCGAACGAUUAUGGAGUUCUCUCAAGCAACUCAUCCCAUUGUUACGCAUUUCUGGGUUCCAUCAAUGUCUCUUCGUCCUCAAUGUUCAAAUUCGCCACCUGGACACACAAUCCAUCCAAGGCUACGGACAUUGGCUCCAUCGGCGAUGGCUACAUUGCCAGAUUAAGAAGAACGCAGCUCUGGACGGUUUACUGGACUUAGAUGUCAACGAGGAUAUCCUUCGUGCUGAAUGGAAGGCACAAAUUGCUCACCAGACCCGACCCAUCCCAUGGCAAUCCAAGAACAAGGCAGUGGAGGUCAUUACCACUAUUCUUGCGCUGGAGAAGACCCUGGACGCCCACAAGACUUCUGUCCAUGAGCUAGAGAUGCAGCUUUAUGUAGGCACGAUUGCUAAUGUCAUGGAGUUCAAUCUGCAGCUCGCCGACGCUUGGUCACGACGUGCCAAAAUUGCAGAUACCCUUCGACGUUGUAAGGCUACCCGUGGACCGCAAGGACAGGCCAAUCUUAUGACGAUGAAGAAUGACAUCUACCUUACCAUCUGCUUGAAUGCUCGCACAGUAAAAACUCAUAUUAGGGACCGUCUCCGUCAACGCAAAUUUGAACUGGAGAGGCUAGAGAGGUCGUAUCGAGCAACAGUAAAUGAACACAAGCUUUGCUCAAACACCCAGUAUUCAAUCAAACGGCAAGAACCUGCAAUUCUCAAACUAGUUUCAACUUACAAUGGCCUAUGUACUCAGCUACAGUCCCUCAUACAUCAACGGCGAGCUCCCCCAUAUGCUAUUCCCCCUCAUCCUAUUGCUCGUGAAGGCAUCUUCCUACUUGAUGUGGACGAUGAAAUCUGGCAAGAUAUUGGCCUCGAUGACGACGGCAUGCACCCACCGGCAUGGUUAUCGGAUGAGGCCACCAGGUCUGGUAUUUGUUUACAGCUUGAAUUAGAUUGUUGCAUUGAGGAGGAGACUCGUUUGAUGCGAGAGCGGUCUGUGAUGCAGGAAUGGAUGUUAGCAGAGUGGGAGGCCGUCCAGACUGCAUUGAGAGAUCCUGCCAAUGAUCUCGUGAUGCCAUUCCACCUCAGGGCCUGUGCAGAGGAGCUUCUGUCCAUCUGUGUUGUCUGGAAGAACAAGGUUCGAGAGAUCCCUUGCGCUUGGCCAGUCGAGCAUUGGGGUCCUAUAAAUGAGGAUUUGCUUCGAGCCACUCGAGACCAGGUGCAGUCAUUAUUUUUCCAGGAUGACGAUGAUAACGAGAGAGUUGGAGUGGUGAACGAGAGUGACGAGGAUGGUGAUCCAGCAUAUUCUGAGGUUGGAGAUGAUGAACUUAUGGAUGUGAUUGAGGAGGUUGCAUUAGCUGAUGAGUACAGGUAUCAGGAUGAGGACUUUAUUGAGCCCCUUCAGUGA